CAAACUAAGGUGCUUAACAGGGAAACAUCAAGGCAGCGUUUUCUAUCAAAUUUCGCUUAACAGACAGUUUAAAAGACACUAUUGUGGCUUAGAAGUCGUCUUGCUGUCGCCACUGUAACAUUAUGCCAAGUGACUUCUGUAACGUUAGGUUGUCAUGUCAAUGUUCAUAAGGUGAACCUGCUUACUUUCGGGAAGGUGCUGUGAUGUCUCGACUGGUCAAGAAAUCUCCAUCUAUUUGUACGGAUCUGCCACUGGACGACACUGAUAUUUGUAAUAAGCUUAAUUUGCUGAGGCAGCUUCUGAGAUCUUGUUUUGGUCCGGCGGGUAGACUAAAACAAGUUCACAACAACAUCGGAGGGCUCGUUGUAACCACUUCAACCUCCUCUGUUCUCCUUCCAGCCAUUUCCUCCUCGCAGCCUUUUAUCAAUCUGAUCAAAACCUCCAUUCUCAACCACGUUUCUCGUUUCAGUGACUGCGGCUUGUUUGCUGCCAUUCUUUGUUUGUCUCUUAUUGAGCAAGCGAAGCAGUCUGGUCUCCGAGGAAAUGUGGCGAUUCGACUGAACAAGCACCUGCUCGGUCUGUGCACCAGUUACCUACAACAAGAAGACUGUGCGUGUAAAGUGAAGCUCGACUUCUGCAGCAGCCAGAACUUGAUCAAAUUAGCUCGCAGUGUCAUAUCCAGCAAACCAGCAUGUGGACUAACAGAGCCAGAGGCACUUUACAUCAGCAAGUUGGCUGUACAAGCUUUUUUACUUACUGUUCCCCGUGACAGACCAGGAAAAGUCAGACUUGGCAAAGUAGUGACUGUCUCUGUUGAAGGCCAUUCUGUGCUAAACUCUGCAGUGUUUCCAGGUUUACUGGUGGACGUGCCUGAUGUCGUUUGCCAGAACAACUUAGAGAACCUGCAUACAAAUCCACUGCGUGUGGUGCUGUUCAGUGCAUCCCUUGCUGGAGACCUUUGUGAACUGGGAGAUGGGAUAAUUGAGGUGCACCCAGGUGUCGACACAGACUCACAGAUCUUGGAUCAACUCCUGGAGCUCGGAAAACAGGUGGCUAAAGAUGAGGUGAAGCUCUUUGUGUGCCAGAAGGUCAUACACCCAGUCCUGCAGCAAUACCUGAAGAGUCAUGGUAUCAUAGUGAUCGAGAGACUGGGAAUCACUCUCAUGGAGCCUCUUACUCAGCUGACAGGUGCUCAACCUGUGGCUACAUUACAUGCCACAAUUCCAGCCAAGGCCUAUGGGAAGGUAAAGGAGCUCAGUAUUAGGCAGUUUGGAUCCAAGACGAUGCUGCAUUUACAUCCUCCUGCGGAGUCAGCAAUCUGCAUGAUGAUCCUCUGCCACAGGAACGAGACAAUGUUAAGUGAGCUGAAGGUGGUGUGCCAGAAGACAGAACAUGUAUUGAGGCUCACCCUGAGGGAGCCAUCUGCCUUACUUGGAGGUGGGUGUACUGAGAUCCACUUAGCUGCUCACGUCAGACACAAGAGCAUGAAUGAAGUCACAGAGGCCGUAUCGGCGUUAGGGUGCUCACAGACAGAGUACCUUCUCUGCGUGGAGGGAUUCUGCCGCUCUCUGGAGUCUGUGGCCACCGCACUGGAGCACAAUGGUGGGAAUUCUUUAAUCGAUCUGACUCACGCUCACCACUGGACUCUCCCUGCAGAUGCCGUGAAAGAAUAUAUGGAGGAUAGUUUGGGCUACUGUGGCUGUGGACUGGUGGAAAGUAGCUCAAAUAAGAAGUGGACUUACCUGAACACUAAAUACCCCCAGUUCUCACCUGCACCCCUGUCUGAAGACACUGCUGUGCAGCCACGUGUCCUUGACUCCUUCACGGCCAAACUCAACGCAUUGCAAGUUGCAGUAGAAACCGCUAAUCUUGCACUGGAUGUGCGAUAUGUAAUUCAAGACACGAACUAGCAGAAUAGGCAUUUUAUCCAAUGUGGUUUGUGAAAAUCAAAAUGAAGAAUAAAUGGUGUUUUGUAUUGUUUUUUCGAAAGUUAAGAUUUAGGUGAAAUGCUAGAUGUUAGCAUUGCUUUGAACAUCUGAUUGAACCCUGGUGUCAGUCAGUGGGAAUGUCUUGUCUUAGCUCUUUGUUAAGUCAUUGACUUAUUGUCCUACUACUCAGAUGACUAUAGUGAUCAUGUUUAUUAAUCUGUUGCCCUUUUGUAGGUUACUGACUGUAAUUUAUCAGCCUUGUUCUCAGCUCACAUAUGUGUAUCCUCUGAGUUUGGUAUUUGGGCUGGCAGGAAACAACCAUUUCUCCAUACAGAGAAACAUUAAAUGACCUUUUAAAUGAG